AUGGCGGACUUUGUUGGUCACGACGAAAGUGUUGUACUGACAUUUAAGUCCAGAAAAAAGAAGAGGUCAUGCACAGAAAGAGAAAAAGAAAAGAUCUUUCGUCAUUCAGGAGAAGGAAUGAUCCCGUCCAUUUCGUGUAAUCAUAUUAAAGGAUUCUGCAAGGCUCAAGAUAUAACACCUGAUGACCUGGUGAAAUGCCAUGCAGAGUUUUACAGCAAACUGGACAAAGUGUCACAAGAUGCUGCUAUAGUAGCUUUGCUUGAUGCGGACACCACAAAAAGAGUCAAUGAUCAGAGGAAAAAAACAAGACACAUGACGAUCAAAUACUUUCUUUGUAGUGAUGGAAACAAGCUGCAAGUUUGCCAGUCUACUUUUUGUUCAGCAUUGUGUACGGAAAACUGGGAUUCAUUCAACACAAAGGAGCCUGGAAAAAAGAACUGUGUAAAGGUGGCUAAAAAGACAGAUGUUCUUUGUGUUCUCGAAGCCGUAGGAGUGGAGGAGAGAAUAAAGAUUUCUUAUGAGGCACUGCUAUGUGAUGCUACUGAGGAUGUUGCUCAUUCUAACUCUGAUGUAGAUAGUGCCUAG